AAACAAAUGGCGGAUUAUGGCAUUUCCCCCCACAAAAUUUCAACAAAAAUUAUAAUGUUGAAGGCUUAAUGCGCCAAACGAAACGAGGGAAUCGAAGCUUUUGGACUUUCCCACUGGAGAAGAAGAAUAAGCUGUGCGUGUGCUUGCAACUCCUCUCUUCAACCCGACACCACCGAUUACUCGAAAGGGUCAGCAAAUGGAUGCUUUGGUGGUGGUUUUCUAGCACAGGGAAUUUGCUUGUUUGGAAACUGGUAUCGUCGUGGAAGUUGAACUUUUAGUUUUCUGAAGUGAUGUGGACGAAUAUUUUCAAAAUUGGUGGUCUACAUCAAAUAUCAUGGUUCCAGUUUCUGCCUAAUGAAUCUGAUUUGAGUACCUUACCAGACAAAAGUGCGAAGGUUGAGCACAAUGAUGCUGCCACAUUCUUGGUUCUGUCAUCACAUGUGCAAUUACAGAAGGAAGGAUUUCUAAGUACUUGGACCAACUCAUUUGUAGGGCCUUGGGACCCAUCUCAGGGUUUGCACAAUCCUGAUGAGAAAAUUAAACUCUGGCUUUUUCUACCUGGACGCCAUUCUUCUGUCGUUGAAACUGCCCAAGCAGCUGUUUCCAAGUUAAGGGUUGUUGCAUCUGGACUGUGGAUCUCUCCUGGGGAUUCAGAGGAAGUUGCAGCUGCCCUUUCUCAGGCAUUACGAAAUUGUAUCGAAAGAGCCCUAACUGGACUUUCAUACAUGAGGUUUGGAGAUGUUUUCACAAAAUAUCACCACAUGCAAAGUGAAGAUCUAUUCAGGAGAGGGCAACCUACAAUGGAGUUCAUAUUUGCUGCUACCGAGGAGGCAAUCUUUGUGCAUGUCAUUUUAUCUGCAAAACAUAUUCGAGCACUAUCAAAUGCAGAGAUUGAAAGAGUUUUGAAGAAUUCUGCUCAUAAUUCCUGUCUUGGACUUCCAGUGAUUGUUUCGCCUCAUGGAGUUCGAGGUAGGUUUACUGGGUGUUGUGCCAGUGAUGUUGUAAAACGGAUAUAUUCCAGUUCCGGCAAGUCUAGGACUUCAUACGGCUUUGUAGGUUUACCCCAUCAUGUCUCUCAAGGUGGCUGCCAGUCGAAGGGGCAAAAUUGCUAUGUUGAAGUUACCCUAGGGUGCCCUAAAUCAGUGAGUGAGAAGCCACUGCUAUCCAAUUCAAAUUACACAAAAAACGUAUCAAUGCCUCAAGUUACAGAAUCUCUUAUCGGACGAGGUGAACUGAAAGGAUCGUCAAACCAUUUAUCUUCUCAUAAAAAGACUUUCAUAUAUCCAUCAGAGGCAGUGCUUGUUUUGUUAUUGCAGACCUCAUUUGCCAGGUCUUCUUUGAAAAGAUUUUGGCUGCAAAACUGGAUAGGACCCUCGUUACCUGGUUCAUCUUUCAACGUGCAUUGUGCUGGAAAUGUAGAUUAUAUGGAAGGGUUGUGGACUGAGACUGAUAAAAUACGUUCACAGCAUGGUUACGAUAGCAGCAGCAAUAGUAACAGUAGCAGCAUUGGUAGCAUAAGCAGUAGUUCUAAUGAUAGUGAUUGCAAGACAGGGGCCAGUGAACUUGAAGCAGAUGCUGAUUCCUUAUCUUGCAGGCAGUCUGGAUUGUCUUCAAAUGACCAGUCCGCAAACAGUUCCCGAAAAUUGGGUAUUAAGCGGCCUCGUUCAGGGAUGCCAGAUGCAUUAGAUCAAAUGGGUACAGGUGCUCAAAUUCAGGAUGCUUUCAAAUCUGAUUUUACUUCCACUGAGCUGAUUGGAUCUCCUUGGGACUGGGAAGAUGAUGACCGGGGUGGGGACGACAUAGAAGACCUUCUUUUGCAUUUUGGGGGCUUUGGAGACUUCUUUGAGAAUGACGUUUUGCCUUUUGGGGAGCCUCCAGGAACUACAGAGUCACAAUCUCUUAUGUUUUCUGCCCCGGACUACACUGAUGUAGGUAGCAGUCCAGUUGGAGUCAUGGAUGUUUCUGAUCAGAUGCUUUUGCCUGUGGGGUUUCCAUCCUUUGAUAGCUUCAACCCAGCUGUUCCAAUGAUGACAGAGGAGGUUCUAAGCAAAGAUCAUGAAGUCACAAACAAUGCAUUGUCCUCAGUGACAGCCAACCAAACCCCAGUGUCUUCUUCUGGGGAGUUCGAUCAAAUCUCUAAAGCUGAAGCUCUGAUGACACUUGCUCCAGAAUAUGGAGCAGUGGAAACUCCUACAAGUGAGUUUUCUUCAUCAAUGUUCCGAAGUCCAUAUAUUCCAAAAACUCGGGAACUAGAGAGUUCAAACUUAAGCACAAACAGUUACAUAUAUGGUGCAACACCACCCUCCUCACCACAUUUUGAUAGGUCUGAUGAGAAGAGUGGUAUUUCCUCAAAUACAAAACCAUCUAAUGUUUUACGGGCAAAAAAUUAUUAUAUACAUGUUGACAAUGUGAAAGAGAAACAUAUAAGAAAAUCAGCUCCCUCUAAGAACAGCAUCUCUACAUCUGAUGGGCUGGCAUCAUCUCUCUCGAAUCACAAUGCUGUCAAAACCACACAAAGGAAAAUGGCUGAGGACAGUAUUGAAGCUGAUUGUUUAUUUAUGUCUCAGAAGCACGUUCUUGCGAUGGAAGUUGAAUGCUUAAUGUUCCAAGCUUCUAUGUGCAGAUUACGACACACCUUGCAGUCAUCUGGUAGUUCCACAGUUUCUGGUACAACUCAGCUAUCUAGUGAUCCAAGUACUAUUACUGAUUAUAUGGCAAAUGAGGUGAAGAAGAAGGAGACUGUUCCAAUUAGAAUAGCUGGAGAUGCUGAUGGGGGAAUACUUGAUGGACACCUUAAUGCACCUGUUGGUGUUUGGCGGUCUGUUGGAGUUCCCAAGGUUCCAAAGCCAUCAAACUCACCUAGUAUGGAACUUGGCUCAUCCUUACCCCACAAUUCUUUUCAUGAGGAUGGAGUUCUCUCUUAUGGGCAGAGACAACCACUUCAGGAGCUCCUUGAUGCCUUCCCUUUAAUUGUCCAGCAGGCUACUUCUUUUGUUGACCUCGCCUUGGAUGCAGACUGUGGUGAUGGCCCAUAUGGCUGGCUAGCAUUGCAGGAACAAUGGAGGAGGGGAUUUUCAUGUGGGCCAUCAAUGGUUCAUGCAGGCUGCGGAGGGACCUUAGCCUCUUGCCAUGCAUUGGACAUUGCAGGUGUUGAGUUAGUGGAUCCUCUCACUGCUGAUGUUUAUGCCCCGUCUGUAAUGAGUUUCCUGCAGUCUGACAUGAAAACAGCCUUGAAAUCUGCAUUUGGCACUUUGGAUGGGCCAUUAUCUGUAAUUGAUUGGUGCAAAGGUCGUGGCCAAUUAGGUGAUUCCGGAAGCACCGGUGAUGGAUUAUCUGCCGAGUCUACUGUAAAUGAAUCUAAAGAUUCUUCAAGUACUGUUAUGCAAAAUCUUGGAGAGCCCAUAAGCCCCUCACAUUCUUCUGCUAGUGGAUCGUCUAGUCUCAAAGGUAGUACCACGAUGGAUGGUUCCAAAAUGGAUGAGACUUCCCAAAGGAGAUCAAACCAAGAGAUUUGCAGUUCAGGAUCUGACCCGCAACUACUGCCUUCCCGGCUGAGACCAACAGUUCUUGUUCUCCCAUCACCUGCAAUACUUGUUGGGUACCAAGAUGAUUGGCUUAAGACAUCUGCCAACUCUCUGCAACUUUGGGAAAAGGCCCCUCUUGAACCUUAUGCUGUUCAAAAACCGAUAAAUUAUUGCGUCAUUUGCCCCGAUAUUGAUCCUCUUGCAACAGCUGCUGCUGAUUUUUUCCAGCAACUAGGAACGGUGUAUGAGACAUGCAAGCUGGGAACUCAUACCCCGCAUAAUUUAGGGAAUCAAAUGGACACAGAGUCUGGGAAGUGGUUGUCUUCAGGUUUUGUUCUACUUGAUUGCCCCCAAUCAAUGAAAAUUGAUAGCAGCAGUGCUUCAAUUGUUGGUUCAAUUAGUGACUAUUUGCUCUCUCUCUCAAAUGGAUGGGACUUGACAAGCUAUCUUAGAUCUCUUUCAAAAGCUUUGAAAGCUUUGAAACUCUCUCCAUCCAUGUCAGCUAAUCCAAAAGAAGGAAGUAAUGGUUCUUGCAUGGUACUUUAUGUGAUAUGCCCUUUUCCUGAUCCCCUGGAAGUAUUGCAAACUGUUGUUGAAUCUUCUAUUGCUGUCGGUUCUGUCAUGCUCCAGUCAGAUAGAGAUAGGAGAACAAUAUUGUGUAGUCAGGUUGCAAAGUCGUUAAGCUGCUCAGCAGCUGUUGAUGAGUCAUCAGCAUCAAACGUUUUAGUUCUUCAAGGGUUUACUCUACCUAAAUUGGUAUUGCAGAUUGUGACAGUUGAUGUGAUUUUCAGAGUGAGUAGUCCAUCCGUAAAUGAACUUGUCAUUCUUAAGGAGACAGCUUUUACUAUUUAUAACAAGGCUCGUCGAAUAUCACGGGGGACCUCAAAUGACGCUGUCCAGUCAUCAUCAAUAUCUAGUAGAUCUCAUUCAGUUCUAUCAUCAAUGUCACCUUCUAUUCCAGGGAUGUGGAAGGACUGUGUUGGUCCUAGAAUGACUGGGCAUUCACUCCCACGAGAGGGUGAAAUUGAUGGUACCCUGAGGUCUGGAAACUGGGAUAAUUCCUGGCAAUCAAGGGCUGGAACAUUAAAUUGUGAUCCAAACCGAAUGGGAGAAUAUUAUCUUCAAGAUGAUUCUUGCUACAUGUUUGAACCACUUUUUAUUCUGGCAGAACCUGGUUCACUAGAGCAUGGAGUUUCACCAAUAAAUCCUGUUACACUAGGAACAGAGUCUUCGAAACCAUUAUCUGAUGACAACAGCGGAGCCUUUUUACAGGGUACAAAUUCAACAGUAGGUAUGGAUAUUGGAUCUAACUCUCAACUAGAUGGGCCUGAGAUGGAUGGAUUUGGAUGUGGCCAUCAGAAGAAUCCUAGUCUACACUGUUCCUAUGGAUGGACAGAAGAUUGGCGCUGGCUAGUAUGUAUCUGGACAGAUUCGCGAGGAGAAUUGUUAGACAGCCAUAUAUUUCCAUUUGGAGGUAUCAGCAGCAGGCAGGAUACGAAGGGUCUGGAGUGCAUUUUUGUCCAAGUUCUGCAGCAAGGCUGUAUGAUACUUCAGUCAUGUUCACCUGAUACUGGUGUUUCCAAGCCGAGGGACUUGGUUAUUGCAAGAAUUGGAAUGUUCUAUGAACUUGAGUAUCUAGAGUGGCAGAAGGCCAUUUACUCACUAUGGGGAUCUGAGGUGAAAAAAUGGCCUUUGCAACUUCGCCGCUGCAUGCCAGAUGGGAUAUCAUCAAGUACUAAUGGGAGUUCCUUGCAACAACAGGAGAUGAGUUUGAUUCAUGAUAGAAACCUCCCCUCCUCCCCAAAUCCUUUAUAUAGCCCGCAUUCAAAAACCACAGGCUUUAUGAAAGCUGGUAUUGGACAACCUGCUAUUAGAAAGCAGCUAAUGGGUGGUCAUGCAGUGGUCGACAACUCAAGAGGGUUGAUUCAGUGGGUGCAUAGUAUUAGUUUCGUUGCAGUUUCGAUGGAGCAUUCUCUUCAGCUAUUACUUCAAGCUGAUUCGGCACCUCCUGGUGGAAAUCAAGGCAGUGUACAUACGGGUUCGUCCAUGUAUAUUGAAGGCUUUACCCCUGUAAAGUCACUUGGUUCCACAUCUUCUUCUUAUAUACUAAUCCCAUCACCCAGUCUGCGUUUCCUUCCCUCUAACCCUCUUCAGCUUCCCACAUGCCUCACUGCCGAAUCCCCACCUUUAGCACAUCUCCUUCACAGUAAGGGCUCUGCAGUUCCACUUUCUACAGGAUUUGCUAUUUCAAGAGCUGUGCCCUCGAUGAGAAAGGAUACUCGAAGCAACAUGAAAGAGGAAUGGCCAUCUGUCCUUUCGGUUAGUCUAAUUGAUUAUUACGGAAACAAUAUCACACAAGAAAAAAAUGUCCGCGGAAUUAUCAAGCAAGUGGGAAGAAGUUCAACUGUUGAAUCCAGAGACUUUGAAAUAGAGACGCAUUUGAUCCUUGAAUCCAUCAUAGCAGAGCUUCAUGCCUUAUCAUGGAUGACUGUGAGCCCAGCAUACUUGGACCGGCGAACUGCUCUGCCUUUUCACUGUGAUAUGGUUUUAAGACUCCGAAGGAUUCUUCAUUUUGCUGACACGGAGCUUUCUAGGCGCGCUGAAAAAACGAAACGUUAGGACUAUGUCAACUGAGGUAAUGCUCAGGUUGUUUCUUGCUAAUUAUUCUAUUAAGACCUUACCAUGUAAAGUUAUAUGUAUUAUAAUUCUUGUACAUGCUAGAUAGGUGGGCAAUUCUUAAUUAUAUGCUUAGUUGGUAGGAAUUAGGGAAGAGAGAAUUAAAUCUCAGUUCAGGCUUAUGUGAAAAAUUAGGACAGUUGUAUAUGUAACAAAAGGGAAAUGCAACUUGAAAAUCAGUGUGAUUGAGAUCCCUUGAUUUUCUCAGAAUAUAAUCCAAUGAUAGAACCACUUAUUUGACA